AUGUCCCAAACAACCACCAUUAAUCGAGCAGCGAUCUACGCAGAUCCCGGAACCCCCAAGAUAGAAGUCCUAGAAUUACCCAUUCCGGAGCCUGGGCCAGGCGAAGUUCUUGUCCGACUUCUCUACUCGGGUGUUUGUCACACAGACUAUGCUUUUUGUACAAAUGGGUUUCCACAUCUCCCAGUCCCCACUCAAAAAGGACAAAUUGGGGGCCAUGAAGGAAUCGGUGAAGUUAUUGCCCAGGGUACGGGUGUCAAAACCCCUCAGGUAGGGAGCAAAGUUGGGAUCAAAUUCGCAGCGGAUGCAUGCUUGGCUUGCAGUAACUGUCUCGAGGGAGGCGAAACAUCCUGCGCUGAAGCUAAGAUAUCCGGAUACUAUACGCCUGGGACUUUCCAACAGUAUUGUAUCAGUACAGCACGGUACUUAUCGCCAAUUCCGGACGGCCUAGAUCUCGCUGCCGCAGCGCCACUCAUGUGCGGCGGCGUCACCGUGUACACAGCUCUGGUUCGAAGUCACGUACGCAACGGUGACUGGGUUUUGGUUUCGGGGGCUGGAGGCGGCUUGGGGCAUCUCGCCAUCCAAUACGCCAAAGCACUCGGUGCCAGAGUCCUUGCCAUCGACCAUGGGAGUAAGAAGCAAUUCUGCCAGAGCCUAGGGGCGGAUGAGUUUUUGGACUUCACAAUGUUUCAGGAGGACAAAGACCUCAGUAACGCCGUGCUACAGAUAACGUCAGGUGGCGCCCGAAUCGGCCUGAUGUGCUCAUCCAGCCCGAGAACAUACGCAAAUGCGCUGUCCUGGCUUGGAUUCCGUGGCCACCUUGUGUGUUUGGGCGUGCCUGAGGUGGAAGGUAGUCUUACGCCAUCUAUCGGCGAGAUGAUAAACAAUGAGAUCACAAUAAGCGCUAUCAAGGCGGGCAACCGACGCGAAGUCCAAGAAUGCCUUCAGAUUGCUGCCAGCGGGGCAGUUAAGACGCAUUACGAGCUACGUAAAUUAGAUGACCUGGGAGACAUCUAA